AUGCGAGUCCAACUUCGGUCAACGAACAUCCCCAGCACUCAAUCGGCCCUUCUUGCCUCGUCGUCGUCACGUUCUACUCGUCUCAAGUGUCUCGCCUGUCGCAGCCCUUCGCACCGAGUCGCGGAGUGCCCUACGAGGGCGCAACACCCGCCGCCAGGACCCUGUCGCUCCUGCAAGAAGAAGGAUCACUGGUCUCUCGACUGCAAGAAGGCGCUCGAGGACGGCAAAAAGCCCGACCACCGCUGA